AUGCACCGCUACAACCACGUGACAGCGGACCAACAUCCUGCAUUUGAAUCUUUGUCCGCACAAUAUGAACCAGAAGUCGUUUCGUUGGCAAGAAAAGUCGUCCAAGAGACGAUUCUCACGGAAGGCAGUGUAAGUUUUUGUAGAAAUAAACGUUUCCUGCGAUCAAACCAGAGAAAAGUGUAAAAGCCGUGACAAAAAAGCGGAUUGGAGAGACUGAUAGCGUACGAAGAGACGCGAGAGAAAGAGAGUCUCCCACUUCUCUGGCGUCUCUUCAGACCGUCGCUGAUCUCUCCUUCAACUUUUUCGACAGUCUUUUCCAAGUCAACCAGUGAAAACAGACUUUCCUUCCGCGCUAUCUUCAAGAAAAAUGAUGGAAGAAAAUUUAAUUGUGACUUUUUUGUCGUCGAAACUUUUUUUUUUACUGUAUAGUCAAUGUUUCCCGACUUGAAAGGCGAUGGAGGCGGGGCAAGGGGCGGGACGCGUAGCGUGUGUGUUCGCGGUUCUUGGCACGAGUUCAAUUCAAUUGCCGCCGACUAUAUAAAAAAAGCUCGGCAACCGCUCUUUUUUUCAAUGUUUUCUACUAUUUUUUUGAUGAAAAACAUGAACAUAAUCAAUAAAUAAUUGAAAAAAAGAAUGAAAAAAAGAGAAAAAAACGGGCUUUUUCAAAGAGUAGAUGAAUUGAACACGUGGCAAGGACCGCGAACGCACACGCUACGCGUUCCGCCCCCUGCCCCGCCUCCCUCGCCUUUCAAGUCGGGAAACAUUGACUAUAAAAAAAACGGAAAAAAACUUUUCCAUGUUUUUUGAUGAAUUUACCCGAAUUUUAAUUUUACCGAAAACCAAAGAAUAGUUUAACUAAACGCUUUUUUCUCUUCAAUCUCAAUUAAAUUUUUCAGUAAUCCAUUCAACAAUGGUUCCUAAGGAAAAGUAAAAAUCUACAGUUUACCAUAAAACCUCUUCUGCCUGCUCAUCAUCGCGCAGCAUUUCGAAAACCCAUUGCUUAAAACUUCACUGCUCCUUUAGGUAUAGACUAAAAUCUUUCAAAAUGAAAUUUCAUUGGCUCAAACUUCAUCAGAUUGAAGCCAUAAAUUUUUUUUUCCAAUUGUGUUUCCAAAGACCUAGUGAUUUUUCGAAACUUCCAGGGCGACUUGGAGUAUCCAUUCAAGGCGGCACGAGCCAUUUCCAAGACCAUCCGGAAAUUCAACAAAAUGGCCGAAUUCCAAGAGGCCAUCUACUCGGCCGACGCUAACACCUCCUGUUGCAUGGUCCAGAAGUCAGUUUCUUCGUGAAUUUCUGAGCUUUGGAAAGAAUUUCAGUAGUUUUGAAAAUUUUCAAAGCUGGGUUUUUUAUAGAGCUAGCUAAUGUCUCUAGGAGCCACAGAUCUCAAAAUCACCUCCUACAAGGAUUAUUCAUGGUUCUAGAAAUCAAAAAGCUUCACCUAGAUGCCUACUAAUAGGCCACAUAACGGAGAUAUCCUGAUUCUUUAGUUCCUACACUUCGAUUUUUUGAAGGUCAUUAAUUCUUUGUGAAGGCUUUCACUCAAAACUUUGAAGACUAACAAAAUAUAUAUUUCUAGUUUUUUCUACUGAUCAUCUUAAUCCGGUCAUUAUUUUCAGUGAGAAGCGCUCUUUCGGCCGUAUCUUAAUAUUUUCGCUGAAGAUUUUCCGGUUCCCAUGGAUACGGUGAGUCCGACUUGUACUUUUGUUAUCUAUCCGUUUUAUAGCGAAUAAUUAGACUCUUGGAGGGGGAAAUGAUUAAUUAAUCAUUUUUACUUUGCUUUGUAGCGAAAGAUAAUGAGCCGUUUGUCUGCAGCAAAACAGAAAACAGAGAAAAAAAAGUUUUUAUCAACCUCCGAAGGAAUAGAAGCUCAUUCGAACUACUAAAAAAACCGAACUGAAGAGAGAUCAGCGGCUAUCUGAAGAAACGCCAUAGAAGGCGAGAACACUUUCGUUGCCUGGCGUCUCUUCAGACCGUCGUUGAUCUUUCGCUUCUGGCUCUGUACGGUCAUCCGCUUCGAAAAAUCCAAAAAAAGAUAUUAUCAAUGAGAAGUCCAAUUUUUCAGUGUUGACUUGGAAGUCCGUUCUUCUCCGGCUUGUCGGAACCCCUACAGAAGGAAAAGCCCCAUGGUUUGCAUCAACCCGUAUCAUUACAACAACGUCGAAGUUCCUUCGAGGCGUGAGUUGUUGCAUUUUUGAUUCCAGAAUACAUUAAGCCUGUCUGAGCAUCAAAAACUCGCUUUUUACUCAAAAAUCGAUGGCAGAAAGCUUCAAAAUUCAAAAGGUUUAAGAUAAAAGAACGAAUUACUUGCAGCCCUACCUCCGGUUCUUAUCAAUAAGAACCAUGACUAUUCCCGGCCUAGCCUCCUGUUUCCCGAAACUUCUGGAAUGGAUCCCGUUGACGUCGCCUUAUUGGACAAUGUACCGGAUCCAACUGAUUGGAAGGUGAGAAUGAACGAAAGAAGGAUGGCUAGAAGUCCAGUGAUACAAAAACUAAAACAAAAUUGCGAGCGAGAAACCUUCAGAUAACUAUAAUUCUCCGAAAAACAUCGAAUGGAAGUCUUCAGACGAUUCCAAACGUGACGAUGCGUGGCGAUGAGCUACGGCAAGUUUACGUGGACCUUGCCCAGAACCAACAGCUGGACAUUGGAUCGCCAACGAGCACAAUCAUGUCACCGACUUCGGCCAAUGCCGCUCAUCAGUACCCGUCCAACAUCUCCUCACCGGCCAGGUAA